UGGAAGGGCGACUUUUAUCCACGAUUCUUAACCUCAAAACUCGUGCGCGGCAAUACUUCACAUUCAACGACAACAAAGACCGACUAAUUACGCAUGCUUUAAAGAAAUAGACGACAAAAUGUUUUUACAGUGUACCCAACAUGCGCACAAUCACGGUUGCUUCAAAUUCCCGUUUUUAAAGUACUCUUACGAAACUCAAAAAGUGUCUGGAGUUUGUUAGUGAUUUUUGCUCCACAAAAAGUGCGAUGUUAAACUCAAAAGAUUUUGGUCUUUUGAGGAAAAUACUAAGACUAUCUGUAUUCAUGUACGUCACCAGAAUACUGGAUUGGACCGUUUUGGCAUACCACGAAGACUGGAUCACGUCCAAUCGGCAUCACGCGACACACUCAAUUGGAAACAUUACAGUUUCGGCUGGAAAGGAGGCCAUGUUUGCUUGCACUGUCAAUAUCUCGGGAAGAUAUAAGGUGGCCUGGGUCAGAGCAGAAGAUCAAACGAUCCUGAGUCUCGGCGGAAAAGUCGUCACGCACAACAAUCGUAUUUCCGUCACGUUCGACAACCUGAAAACGUGGCAACUGCGCAUCAGGCAAGUCAGGGAGUCCGAUCGGGGCUGUUACCUGUGUCAAGUGAACACUAACAUGAUGAAGAUUCAGAAGGGAUGUCUCGACGUCAAUGUCCCGCCUGACAUAGAAAACGAAAACACAAGCGGCGACAUGUCAGCGUCCGAGGGAGACAACGCGACUCUCUGGUGUAAAGCUUCGGGCCAUCCGUCCCCGCGGAUUUUGUGGAGACGUGAGGACGGAGAGCCCAUCAUCGUCCGACGGGGAUUCAGAAAUUAUUCGCGAGUCGAAUCCUACAACGGGAGCAGCCUUCAUUUCUGGCGAGUUGACAGAACGCAAAUGGGCACAUAUUUGUGCAUCGCAAUCAACGACGUACCACCUGCGGUUAGCAAACGGGUCGCUCUGAACGUCAAUUUUCCUCCGACGAUUAAAGUGCCAAAUCAACUACUGGGUGCCCCACUAAGCACGGAUGUUCAGCUGGAAUGUUACGUAGAAGCAUUUCCGAACACCAUCAACUACUGGGUUAAAAACCGAAGCGAAAUGCUCCUUAACGGUACCAAAUACGUGGUAAGGGAAGAAAGAAGCGGAUACAGGGUAUUCAUGUGGCUGAUUAUCAAAUCUUUCGCCGCCAGAGAUGUCGGGACUUACAACUGCGUGUCCACAAACUCCUUGGGGAGAGCUGAAGGCACGCUCAGGCUUUACGAGAUAAAGGUGGGUUCUGGAACAUCGACCACCAAACACGGUAAAGAUUUAAUAGGAGGUGUAGCGGAGCCAGCGAGGGGACAGCAUCCAAAAAAUGCGAACUCCAGUUUAAGAAGCAGAAGCUUCUCGCAGUUAUUGUUGUUUUUCACCAUAUAUAUUAUCCCGAGAUGACCCGACUGAAUCGAGUGAGCGCUAAUCGUAUAUUUAAAAUGUAAUGUAAAUACGCAUACCAAUUAAUUCACUUGAGAUCUCUCGAGUUCAGUAUAGUGCUUUCGCAAUUAAACCGUUUUGACCUGAACAGUUCAACUUUUUCGGACACUUUUUCUUACGUAUUUCGCUUUAUUUUCUGUCGCAUAGAAUUCGUCCAACCAAAAUUACCCUCUCCGAAGUUUUGAUUUCCAAUCAGCCUUCAAAGAAGGGAACUAUGCUUGUCUCUGAAAGGUAAAUAAAUAAUUACUAUAGAUUUUUUCGGUCCUUUGAGGAUGGGUUUAAGCUUUAGACUAAAAACAGAUGAUUGAUUUUUGGCAAUGAAGUAAGAUACAAAGAAAAGUCAAGAGACUUCAAAGUUUCAGUUUUAGCUAAUACAUUUUUGCUGUGAAAUAACGUAGCCACUGAACUAAAUAAUUCUAAUCUACUACUGUGCAUAUGAACUUAUUUUAAAUCGGUGUGUUUCACCAUUAACGGCCACAGGCUUUUUUAUAUGAAGAGUCUCUGAAGCAGGUUGUGUUAAAAAUAAUAAAAAAUUAUUGCCUGUGAAGCUUAUUGUGACACAUCCUGUAUACACUUAAGUAACACCUUAUAUAAAUAAAAAAAACAAACGUUCCUGUACUUAGAAAGUUGUUUCCACUGAAUUCUAGCAUUCGAACCAGUUUUCUCACGAGACAAACACUUCCCAUUUGACCAUUAUAAAGGGUGUUCCGAAAUUAAUGUACUAUGUCCGGAAACGCCCUCUUUCCAAGCAGGGGAAGACAUUUUUUAGUACCUGUAUUACUUUCGCUUUUUGUCAAUGAAAACAAACAUUAUUUGAAACAUUUUUGUUUUUGUUUUGGUUGGUUUUGGUUAUGGUAAAAAGUAAAAAGAUCAAAUUUGUUCCCAAUUAAAUGACGUCACUGGCAAAGUUCUUUGAAAAAUUGAUUUCGUAACACCCUGUAUGAUAGAAGAUAAUUCCAGUUGUACAUUUUGUAAAUUGGAUUGCUGGAAAACCGUUAAAAUUAAUGUAUAAGCAUGUAUAGAUGUGAGUACCUACUCUUUGAUGUAAUGGGUUACCCUGCGCAUCGCAUAUGAUCUUCGAGCACACUCACGUUUCCAAAAAACUUGGUACAGCCCAAAGUAUGAAGUAUUAAUUUCGGGAAUUUUGAUGUGAAUAAAUUAGUAAAGACGGGUGCGGUAAGAUCAUUUUCAUACCUGUAUAAAUUUUAAAUUAAAUUAAAUUUAAAAUUUAAACAGUUCAAUGAGUUUUUUAACCUAAUUUACGGGAUAUUUUAAUAUCUCCAUAACUGUUUAUUUUAUAGCAAAGUUUUGAAUGCAACAAUUGUUUGUAUGAACGCGCUUCAUGCAAUAAGACACAGAUCCUAACUUUAUUUAGUAUUUCCUGUUUUUUGUAUUCGUAUUAGGUAGAAUACAAUUUAUUUCAUACAAUGUCUGAUAGAUAACUUUAGGCGUUCUAUACAGGGUAGUUCAUUACUAUCAAUAUAUGAAAUAUGACAUUUUCUUAGAUACUGUCACAUAUUUAUAGAAUAGCAAUUAUUUUCGUCUCAUGUAGCACAUUCAUACAAACAAAUUUGGAAGAUUUAAAAGAAUGUCACAAUAGUACCCUGUAUAAUUGUUAGUAAA